CAGACGCGCUGACGUCCGCGCAAGGCUUCAGCACGCUGGCCCGGAAGUGGCGUUUCCAGGGGUGGAGCCUGGGAAGGCUGACUACAACUCCCAACAUGCCCCGCAGUAACGUCGCGGGGCGUAUUUUACCGCAGUAACGUCGCGGGGCGUAUUUUACCACAGCUCCUCGCGGACGGAUAAGGCUUCCUCCUAGGAUCCUUCUCUCAGUAAAUUCUAUUGGUUGAGUCCUUCGCAUUCUACCCACACUCUUCAGUCUUUCUGUACAUUCCGUGAGGCGGCUUAGAACUCCCCACGGAGGCUCCCGUAGCGCACUCUGGAACGAGUCCUGCCGUACCCGAGGCAACGCGUCACAAUAAACACGUGCGGCCACAGUCGUUAGCAGCGGUGCGCGGAGCGUGCGGAGGCGCUUCGCAGUGCGGCCUCGCGCGGGAGGCGCGUGCGCCAGGUGGCCCCCAGCACUUGUAGCUCCUGCCGCGGAGUUAACGCGGACCCGACCUCAGACGACCUGGUCUCGGCUGUCGGACCGGGUGUCCUUCUGAGAGGUGACUUGGUCCUCGGGGCCUCAGGGUGUUGUCCUUUCGAUACCGUCCUCCUCCGAGCCUGUUUUCUUAAUGGGGAAUCACGUUCCUGUCGCCUCACCAGUUUCCCGCCCCCUCCCCUCAGCGCUUUAAGCACGAGGGACCCUGCCGAGUUCACUCGUGUUAGGUUGGAAGCGCCCUGGGGUCAGGACCCAGGCCCUUUGAAAUGUUGUCCUAGCUUCUGUCAGAGAGCUUCACCCAGAGGAGGGGUUUGCAAGGUGUGUGUGGGAUGAAUGAACGGUUCUGUCAAUGGUGCUCAGCAAGACUUACGUAGUGGAAACAUUCAAGGCGGGAACCCCUGUCCUUCCUCCCUCGGUGGCUCGCGUUGUCGUGUGCGGGAGCCGCGCAGACACUGCGGAGACCGGUUCCUGCUGUCGGGAAGCCAGCCGUUUAGUGGGAGCACAGCUGGGAAUGAAAGGGCUCUCGCACGCUGUAUGUGAACCGGUAACCCGUUAGGUAAACCGUGGCGAGGGCUUAGGAAGAGAAGUGCGUGAUGUGAGGCCAUUACAGACGAAUGGGCUGCAAUCCGGAGGGUCCGUGCCAACUGGGGGAACUAACGGGGUCAGCACAUGAAGUACUCGCAUGCAGUGCAACAGCAUGUGCCAUGGUCCUGUGGCUGGAGCGAGCCUGAUGGGAGAACCGAAAGAAGCCACAUGCAGCCCAGGUGCCAGCGAGUGGGGUUCGAAGGGUGACAAGUGUGGGUGAUAGCCGACCCUGGGAGCCAUUUAAAGGAUUCGAGCCCGGGAUUUUACUAUAAAAAAAUAGCCAUAAAGAACCCUUUGAAGUUGUCAAUAUAGAGGAUACCACCACCAGAAGGAACCAUGCCUGUAGAAGGAGGGAAAACUGAUAUGGAGAGGAUUGGCCUCUUCAGUGAGAUGGAAUAUGUUACUGUUGGUGAUAAAUAUGUGUCAGCAUUUAAUCGACCCUUUAAUGAGGCUGCAAGCAAGAAUAAACAGAUGCUACCUGGGGGAUCCAAAGAAAUGUCAAACCUCCAGGCAGGUUAUUUUGAUCCCCAUUUUGUAAGGAUAUUUGAAGGUGAAGGCUACGUAAGUCUGAAUCAAGUGAGGAGACGGCAUAUGAUGGAUGAAGCCAAAAAAAAUCUAGGCAAAGCCUUCCUUCCUAGUAGUGGAGAUAAAAAGCUAUGUGGUUUAGGAAGCUACUAUGGAACAUUAGGUGGUCCCGUGCCAUUCUUCAGUGCACAGUCAAAACCCAGAGAAAAAUAUGAAGCACCUGGAAAGAAUUUAUACACAAACCCAGGAAAGAAAGGAACUGGAUAUGGCUAUGCAAAUAUUACCAUAGGUAAACAGCUAACACACUCUGCUGAUUUCUACGAUGCACCCAAACUAAAUUAUAAGAAGGAGAAUGAAGAACACCAUCGUUUAGUUAAAGGAGCACCUUUCAAGUUAAACCUUUACCCAAGGGAAUAUUUUGAUACCAAUCCUUAUUCAUCUGAGAAACCUUUACCACCAAUUAAAAAAACAGAGAAGAAAGAAUUACUUUCACACCCCUUUAAGCCUUCUUCUCCGGGGAAAAAGGCCGGUGGAAUGAAGGCAGGAACAUUUGACCCUUACCCUUCGCAUUCUGCUGACCCUUAUGUGGUUAAAUUGGCAAACCAGAUUUCCGGCAAAAGUGCUAAGAUUUUCCACCCGCCAGGUGGACCAAAAAGCAGACCAAUUGAAAGUAUAAUGACUAUGAAUGUCAAAAGGGCACUAAAUAUGAAGAACUACAAGACUGCUUCAGUACAGUCCUUUUAGCACCUGGAAGACAAAUAGCUUUCUAGGUUGUGACUACCAGUAAUUCAUUAUUGAGUGCUAAUUAUUUGCAAAAAACAUAAGAUGUGAAACAUAUCUCAAGCAUUUAAAAGAUACUUAAGCCUGCAACUCUAAUAUUCUUUCUUGUUUUAGUACUAAUACUUAAGGAAUAAAUAGUAUUUGUUAAUAAUAUAUGAUUGUUGGUCUUUGUUUAGAUCUGUGUUCUGGGGAGAAUAUAAUGUUUAGACAUUGCAUAAAAUCCUAAACUGUUGUCUAUCAUUUGAAAGCUUACUCCUUAUGUUGAAGAAUUGUAAGCUUAGAGAGCCAGGGUGAAGGCUGGGGCUGGAGGUGUAGAAAGAGCACAUUAAGUUCUUACCUUGUGUUUCUUCUUGGAGGUAUUUGAAAAUUGGAUUGAUAGACUAUCCAAGUGUCAUAGCCCAUUAAAGCAUUCUUAACAUCAAAGAGAAAUAUGGAUCUACUCAUAUUGCAUAGAUUCAUGUAUGCACAUUAUAGAGUGAGGCAAAUGUCUCCAUUUAUGUGGUCUCAUGCCUUCUACUUAUGGCCUUUGUAAAGCUUCAUAUUAGCCGAUGGCAGCCCCUGGAUGAGCUGGAGGAAGGGAGAAUGAGGAAAGCCCUGUUAGUUGAGUAUCUUACAAAAACACAAAGUUACAAGAUGGAUGAGGUUUGUCUUUGGUGUCCUCUCAUGUGCAUUUGCAGCUGUCCAAAGCUGUCUCUCCUGGAAUAUCCUGCUCUAGGUCUUAUUCUCUUGUUCCCAGAUUAUCUCUUUUUCAUUUGCCCUACACUUUAAAAAAUAUCUGUGCUUAAAAAGAGGUUUUAAGUGGAAAGGGUAUUUAAGGGUAUUUAUGAUGUAAGUACAUUACUGUAGUUCACAGUGAAGUCUUAUUCACA